AUGUUCCUGGAUUGUCUAAUAACUCUACCAACGAAAUCUGCAGGGUUCAUAAGCAUCGAUUGCGGCAGCAAGGAAGAAAGCUACGUAUACUCUGGCAAUGGACUCACAUACACGUCUGAUUCCAACCUCAUGAAAUCUGGGGAGGUGAAGGCUGUCCCAUCUAGUUACGUCGUUGAUGGAUACGAGAAGUACCUGUGGCAUCUUCGGACGUUUCCAAAAGGAAAGAGAAACUGUUACACGCUUCAGCCGGUGAAUCCUGGGUCCAAGUAUCUGGUUCGGGCCACAUUCUUAUAUGGCAACUUCGAUGGAUUGAAUUCGUUCCCUCAGUUUGAUUUGUACCUGGAGAGCACGUUUGUGCAGACGGUCAAUUCUUCGGUUUCAACGUCGUGGAGCUACGAAUUCAUAGUGCAGGCAAGAAGGAGCUACCUGACGCUUUGCCUGUGCAAGACAACGGAGCGUGACCCUUUCAUAUCAGUCAUUGAGCUUCGCCCCAUGCCCGAUGCCAUUUAUCCUGUUGUUAAUGCUACACUGGCUCUCAACAUGCAGUCCAGAAAAAAUUAUGGUACACGGGAUAGCACGGUCCGCAGUGUACUCAUGAGCAUCUCAUUUAGCCAUAUGCGCAUGUCUGCCUCUGAACUGUAUGGUUUUGCAAGCAGGUACCCGGAUGAUGCCCUUGACCGCUUUUGGUUCUCCUCAAAGACCCCGACUUUGGACUCCCUUAGCACCACGCUCAGUGUUUCGUCAACCUCUAGCGAAUACGCGCCACCAUCGGUCGUGAUGGAAACUGCUGCCGUCAGUUCAAACGCCAGCAGCGGAAUGAUUUCCAGCUCAAACAUCCAGCAGGAUGACUACUUGUUCAUGUGCAUACAUUUCGCAGAACUAAAAAAACUGGAGCCCAACGAAACCAGAGAAUUUAAUAUCACAUUGGAUUCUAAAUUAUUGCGCAAUGACUACCGUCCUCUAUACCAAGCUGCCACCACCGUAUGUUCCGAUGGCAUCUACACCUCGCAGAACAAUGUGGUGGAGUAUACUCCAACCGAACGAUCUACGCUUUCCCCGAUCUUAAACGCCAAGGAAGUUUAUAGUGUUGUGCAGUUGUCCGAUUCCGCAACCAAUGAUGGAGAUGAGUGCAAGAACGGGAGAACAGCUUCCGGGUUCAAGUUUUUUGCAUUAGCACACAGUACUUCUGUAAUAUUGCCUGCCUUAUGUGCAGGCAGCUCUCUUGUGGAUAUUAGGGACAGGUAUCAGAUCACUAAGGCCUGGACUGGGGAUCCUUGUCUACCUCUGAACUACACGUGGGAAGGCUUGGUUUGCAGCAAUGAUACAUUGUCCCCAAGGGUUAUCUCAUUGGAUUUAUCGAACAGUGGAUUAAGUGGUGAAAUCCCCUCCAGUUUAGCAAACCUUUCUGCCAUCGUUACUUUCCUUCAGGAUUUCAAGUUUUUUUCAGGUGAAAAUCCAUUAGUCCACAGUGGAGGAGCAGAAGACAAGGCUAUUGGUUGUCAAGCCUUCACUUACUCAGAAGUUGUCAAGGUCACCAACAAUUUUAAACAGAAAAUCGGGGAAGGAGGGUUUGGCCCCGUAUACGCAGGCCGCUUACAUGGGCAAGACGUAGCUGUCAAAAUCCUUUCUCACAGAUCCAAGCAAGGCUCAAAGGAGUUCUACACUGAGGUUGCUUUGCUCUCAAGGGUUCACCACAGAAAUCUUGUGUCAUUCAUUGGAUAUUGUGAUGAAGCUGAGAAGAUGAUUUUAAUCUAUGAGUACCUUCCGCGAGGAAAUCUUCAUCAAGCUCUGUCAGGUAAGAAAUUCAUGGACCUUGAUCUGCCGGAAUUUGAUUUGAAUUGGUCUCAAAGACUUCAAAUAGCACUGAAUGCUGCACAAGGAUUAGAAUACUUACACUCAGGGUGCAAGCCUGCCAUCAUUCACAGAGAUGUGAAGAGCACCAACAUCCUCCUAAAUGACAAGUUUGACGCCAAAAUUGCAGAUUUUGGCUUGUCAAAAUCUGGGAUGCCUGAUGGUGUUAGCCAUGUAUCAACUGCUGUUGCGGGCACCCCUGGUUACCUGGAUCCAGAAUAUUCCUCAACUUGCCGGCUAAAUGAGAAAAGUGAUGUAUACAGCUUUGGAGUUGUGCUCCUAGAGCUUAUUUCUGGAAAGCUACAUGUUAUGGAUGAACCAUCGGCACAAAAAAUCCAUAUUGUUGAGUGGGUAAAACCGAACCUUUUUAGAGGCAAUCAUGCGAAUAUUGCAGAUCCAAGACUCUGUGGGAGUUACGAUGUCGAUUCGUUAUGGAGGGUAGUGGACUUGGCAUUGCAGUGCACUAGAGAUAAGGGAAUCAACAGGCCGAAUAUGAGUUGCGUAGUAGCGGAGUUAAAAGAAGCCAUUAUGUUGUGUGGAGCAAGGUCGAUCCAACACGAACCAGAAGAGUGCAACUCGUCCUACAGUUCCAACUCUGCGCCCAUGGUGCCUCUGUCUCCAACUACACGGUUGUCUCCUUUGCUUCCAUCUGUUGUAUGUGAAACCUCCUUUCUGAUCAGAAGCAGUGGGGAAGAUGGGAACUCUGCAGACAUUGACCUUAGGAUGCUUGUUGUGGGAAAUCGUAGCACUCCAUAUCUCUCUGGCCUUAGGGCAGUCCUCAGCAUUUCGGGGAACAAGGAGCUCUGCUCGUCGGGUGUGUGUGAUGUUCCUCCAGGACCCAAACCGAAGCCCAGUAAAGGUAUCGUUAUUGGAGUAAGUGUUUCAGCAGGUUUGCUGUUUCUCAUGGUAGCCUCUGCAACCAUUGUUAUAAAGACGAAGAAAAGAAACCCACCUCGUGGAAAUCCAUCUUCAGACUGCAGUGAAGAAGCAAUAUUAGAGAUGUCUCCUGGGAGAUGCCAAGCUUUUACUUUCAAAGAAAUUGAAAAGAUCACCGACAAUUUUAGACAAAAGAUCGGCAAAGGAGGUUUUGGUCCUGUAUACCUUGGACGUUUAAAGGGGCAAAAGGUGGCUGUCAAAGUUUCUUCUGAUGAAUCCAAACAAGGCUUCAAAGAGUUCAAUAAUGAGGUUGAAUUGCUCUCAAGAGCUCACCACAAACAUGUUGUGUCAUUUUUGGGAUAUUGUCAUGACGCUAAACGCAUGAUUUUAAUCUAUGAGUACCUUUCAAGGGGAAGUCUCGAGGAUGCACUAUCAGGAAAAGCGCGAGUUAAUUUGGAUUGGAAUCAAAGACUUCAAAUAGCAUUGGAUGCUGCCCAAGGAUUGGACUACCUACACUCAGGGUGCAAGCCUGCCAUCAUUCACAGGGAUGUGAAGAGCGCCAACAUUCUCCUAAAUGACAAGCUUGAAGCCAAAAUUGCAGAUUUUGGCCUGUCAAAACCUGUGGCGUCUGAGGGUGUUACCCAUGUAACAACUGCUAUUAGGGGCACCCCGGGUUAUUGGGAUCCAGAAUACUGCGGAACCUGCUGCCUAAACGAGAAAAGUGAUGUAUACAGUUUCGGAAUUGUGCUCCUGGAACUCGUUUCUGGAAAACGACAUCUUAUUGACGUACCUUCAGGCGAAAAAAUUAAUAUUGCUCACUGGGUACGACAAAGCGUUUUAGAAGGCAAACAUGCAAACAUUGCGGACCCAACACUUUGUGGGAGAUAUGAGGUCGAUUCAUUACGGAGGGUAGUGGACUUGGCACUGCACUGCACUAGCGAUAAGGGAAUCAACAGGCCAAAGAUGUGCGACGUAGUAACUGAACUAAAAGAAGCCAUUAGGUUGUGUGGAGGAAAGCAGAUCCAACAGGAAUCAGGAAAGGGCAGCUCUUCCCACAAUACUGACUCCGACUCUGCUUUCAUAGUGCCUCGGUAAAAUUUAGCCCAUCAACUGGAUUUUCUUUGUUAAUGCUUCCCACCAGGGUGAUUGUUUGCAAAUAAAUGCGCA